AUGAAGUUUUUCACGAAUUACGAAGAAUACCUUCAUCCGCAAACGACUCCUCAAGCAUCAGUAACGAAAGCGAACAACAACAGCUCCUCUACAUCCCCAUCGCCUUCAUCGAGUAAAAGCUCUUCAAUAUUCCCUGCAACAGUCUCAACAUCAUCAUCGAAAGUUAACAACAUUGAUGAUUCUUCCGUGCACACUCCUUUACAGGAUAAACCUUCCUUUACCCCAGCAAGGGCAGCGGCUGAGGACCGCAAGGACACCUCUUCCAAACUCUCUCGAAGUUCCGAGAGAGCAUCCAGACGAUCAGAUCGCCGUGGUUCUAAUGCCAAACAUGAAGGAUUAUCUUCCCGAUCCGGCUUUUCCAGGUCCUCAAAAAAGAGGGACCAUGCAGCAUCUUCCGAGGCAGGGAACAGAUCUAGUCAAGGCAUUGUCAGUUAUGUUUCCAGAGUUGUCACGGAAAUAGUCGAAUCAGAGCGGACGUAUAUUUCCAGUCUAGAGGAUAUCAUACACGGUUACAUGGAGCCAAUGGAAAACUUGUUGACUUCGAAUGAUGCAAAAGCAGACCUUAAGUGCCUCUUCAGUAACAUUCGAGAAAUUUAUAAGUUUGGCUGGUGA